AUGUCACCAGCGAAAAACCAAUUCUUAUCUCUCUUCUCCCACAUCACGCGUCGAACCCGUGGCGUCGGCAAACUGUCGACCCCAUGGUUCACAAAACCAAUCGCCUCGGCCCCCAUGAACGGAUGGUCGGGCCCGAAACUCGUCGCCGCCGUCGCCAACCAUGGGGGUGUCCCCAUCUUCCCCAUUGGGUACUUUACCGACCCGGCUGCGAUUCUCAAGGAUCUCCAGAGUAUCCUGCCUUUACUCUCGGAUAACGGUUCACAGCAGGAUGAUAUCGGAGAUAGCAAGGAAGAAGGGGCGGGCAAUAAGACAGAGUUGUUGCCGUAUGCGGUCGGAUUUAUUACAUUCUGGCUUGAUCGUCAAGGACCAGACCUGCUUCUCAAGAUCCUGGAGGGUCAAGGCGAUCUCCCUCAUCCGACACCCUCCGGCGAAACCACCACGACAGGAGGAGCCAAGAAGGCACUUCGACCCCCAGCAGCAGUUUGGUUCUCCUUUGGUGACUACCGACCCUAUUUGAAACUCGUCCGCCAACACGGUGCGGCCGGCACAAGGGUCAUCGUCCAAGUCCAAACCGUCCAAGAGGCCAUCGACGCUCAACGGGACGGAGUCGACGUGAUCGUUCUUCAAGGCACCGAAUCUGGAGGUCAUGGCGCCCAGCGUGUUCGACCGCUCCUGUCUUUCAUCCCCGAGGUCGUCGAAGCUCUCCAGGAGCGCAACAAAGUCAAUGGUCUCAAAGUCCCCGCGAUCCUGGCAGCCGGUGGCAUCUCACUCAAUUCCCAAUGGCGUGCCGUGGAAGCCCUAGGGGCAUCAGGAGUCGUCGUCGGAACAGGAUUUAUGCCAACCUUCGAAUCCCCCGGCUCUCAACACGCCAAAGAACGGAUCCUGAACGCCAGCGAUGGAGGGGACUCGACAGUCCGAACCCGGAUCUUUGACGAGCUCCGAGAGUUUGGAUGGCCAGAGGGUUACGACGGUCGAGUGGUUCGGAACUUGGUGACAGAUCGUGAGGAGGAGGAUUUGAAGACCCGGGGUGUGGUUGAGCCCAAGGGUGCGGAGGCGUUCAAGGUUUUGAGAGAGGAUCGGACUGGUACGAAGGAGGAUUGGAAGCGGGCUGUGAAGGACCAGGACCUGGAUUACAUCCCUCUCUGGGCGGGGACUGGUGUUGGUUUGUUGAAGAAGCAGAUGUCUGCCGCUGAAUGGAUGGACCAGCUCCUUGGUGAGAGUGAGAAGAACAAGUAG